AUGGAUAGUAGUACCAAUUGUAUUCAAGAUCAAGCUGUAGAUGAUAAAUCAUAUGAGAGUAUUUUGAAGAGUAUCCCUCCAAUUUAUAGGAAUGGGUUCAAUCCACCACUUUGGUUUUACUGGAAUACUGUAACCAGUAACUUAUGGGGGAAUUAUGAUAAACUAUGGUCUUUAUUUAGCUAUGUGUUUCACAAACAUAGCUAUCCAGUGGCUGGCGACACCUGUCCCGAUGCGAUUCUACUAGACUACCAAACCGGUUCAGACAAAAUAGAGUACUACUUGAAGGGAAACACAACACUCUAUAGAAUGAUGGAGAAGCUAGAUGCCAAACCUAUUGUCCUCUACUGUGGUAGUUUCACUUGUAUUCCAUUCCGUAACAAGUUGCAAUUGAUCCAGGCCAUAGCCAAUGAGUUUGCAGAGUAUUGCGACUUCUACAUUGUAUAUACGGCGGAAGUACAUACUGCCGACGGUUGGAUUAUAGGUGGUGAUGAAAUCAGUACAGCUCACAAACAACCAAAAACAAUGAAAGAGAGAUUAAAGAUUGUUGAAGCACUGCAAAAAUUUAGUCCUGUUUCCAUUCCUUAUCUAGUCGAUUUAAUUGACAAUAAUUUUAAUGAAAAAUAUGAUAAUACUCCUCUACGUCUUUUUGUGUUGGAGAAUAAGAAAUUCUCUUAUGUUGGUGGUCCAGGUCCAUUUAAAUCUACUCCAGAAGAACUUAGGGAUUACUUAAUAGAUAGAUUCAAACCCUCUUCAAUCUAG